AACCUGACACCCCGCUAUGCUUUGUGCCCCGCAGUGUGCAAGUUCGUGGCGCUGGAGCUGAAAUCCGCUUUCGAGGAGACCGGCAAGACGAAGGAAGUGAUCGACACGAAGUACGGCUUCCUGGAUGGGAAGGGCUCGCCCGUCAAGUACACACAGUCGGACGUGCGGUUAAUUGAGGUAACGGAGAACAUCUGCAAGAGGCUUCUGGACUACAACCUGCACAAGGAACGGAGUGGCAGCAACAGGUUUGCGAAGGGCAUGUCGGAGACGUUCGAGACGCUGCACAACCUGGUGCACAAGGGCGUCAAGGUGGUGAUGGACAUCCCCUAUGAGCUGUGGAACGAGACCUCCGCGGAGGUGGCCGACCUCAAGAAGCAGUGCGACGUGCUGGUGGAGGAGUACGAGGACGUCAUCGAGGACUGGUACCGGCACCACCAGCAGGAAGACCUCUCGCAGUUCCUCUGCGCUGAUCGUGUACUCAAAGGGAAGGAUGCAAGUUGCCUGGCAGAGACGUGGACGGGCAAGAAGGGCGACCUGGCCAGCGUAGGGGAGAAGCAGAGCAAGAAAAAGAGUGGCAAGAAGAAGAAGAAAGGCAGCAAGGAGCAGAGCGCAGGAGCCAGCAGCCUCCCAGGCAGGAAAGAGAGCGCCGAGGAGAGCGGGAUUCAGGAGGAGGCUCCGCUCGCGCACAGCCCCGCCGACGAGCUGUAG